UAGAGGACUCUUAGUUUUAUCGGAGGCAAACUUUCCAAUUUUCACCGUUAUUUUCAUUCUGUAUAAUCAUUAUGAAUACAUGAUAUUGGCAUCGAGUAUAAUACUAUCUUAAUAAGCUUCCAUCAUUGAGAUUGGUAAGCAAAGGUGUCUGCAUAACUCCAUUAGAUAUACAGAGUUGUGUUUGUACAGCAUUAAGAUUUCAUGAGAAUCGUUGAGAACGUAAUUCCGAAUUUCAUUUAUUGCAUUAAUGCAUUCGCGGUUGUCAUAAACACGAAGAACUUUGAAUGGAAUGAAAAUUGAGAAUUCUUCAUCAAGGGAAAGGUCAUCUGAUGGACAUCCAGUGUUCAUAAGCAAGCUCGAGCGUCACUCAUGUAUCAUAAAAGGCAUGAGAGACUGAUACUUAAAUGAAAACAUUGAACAGGGAACUACAGUAACAGGUUAAUAAUAGCAAUCUAAACAAGGCUAACUGCUCUAAGUAUCUUCGACAUGCGCGAAAGGUGGAGUUUGUCUCGCGUUUGGAGGAUAAUUAUUUGGUUGCAUUUCGUUUUCGACGUAUCUGAGAUGUUGGUUCCCCCGGAUCAAGCUUAUCAGUCAGAAGUGCAAAAGUAUGUCAAUGAACAAACACGAGUCGCUGAUGAACUCUUGAAAAAUUACGACAAGCGCUUCAUCCCUGCCAAACCAGGUUUUCCACUGAAUGUCACAUUGAAUCUUGUCAUAUCUGAUAUUUUGAACAUUGAGAAUAUGGAGGCAGAAAUGCUGGUGUACAUCAGACAAACUUGGUACGACUAUCGACUCGCAUGGAACUCCACGAAAACUCUAAAAAUCCGAGAACAUUUUCUAGAUAAAAUAUGGCUGCCUGAUGUUCGCAUUAGUAAUCUGAAAGAAGCCAAAAGAUUCGAGGGAUUUGGAGGGACAAAUAUGAACAUUCACCCAGAUGGAAAAGUUUACUACAGUCAGUUAGCGUGGAUAAAAACGAGUUGUCCGAUGGAUCUGCAUAAAUUUCCGAUGGAUCAACAAACCUGCUUCUUGAACUUCUCUUCAUUUGCCUAUUCGAAAACGUUGCUCAACUAUACCGCCAACGAUGGAAAACAUGUCUCUGUAAGGCGAGCCAAACUAUCGCAGUUUGAUCUCAUUGGAACGAAGGAAUUCGAGGGAAACGUACCUGGAGUUGCAAUUAGCCUCACAUUUCAGCGUCGUUUUGGUCACUACUUGAUGUCAAUCUACAUCCCCUCUGCAUCAGUUGUCGUCCUUUCGUGGCUCGCCUUCUUUAUGGAGCCCUGGAACGUGGCGGACCGUCUCGCACUUCAGAUAACAAUGACCUUGACAAUUGUCUUUCUCCUGGAAGGCAUUAACAAAGCUAUAACACACGUCUCCUAUGCCAAGGCAUCUGAUAUAUUCGUUAUCGUGUCGUUUGGUUGUGUAUUUUUGGCCUUGCUGGAAACUAUGUUUGUGUUCCGUCUGUCUGUUUUGUGCCGGCGAAAACGCGAUAAAAACGGCUCUUCCACGAGCUCGGGAUGUUAUCAAGUCCAACAAACCAACGACCAGGCUCAAAGUGAAGAAGCUCAGAGUGAGAAUACAAAGGAUGAUGCAACUAUCAAAUGUAUCUGUACCAAUUCAGCGAAUUGGAUUGAUAAGAUAUGUCUCAUUAUUUUUCCAACAUCUUAUUUCACAUUUAAUAUCGUGUACUGGAAAUACUACACCAGCGCUGACUAAUGAUAAUAAUAGUUCAGCCUCCGAGAGAUGUUGUCGUAGAGGGAGUUUCAGCAAUUGAUUCGUUAGAAUUUAUUGACGUGGCAUAUGACAACCGAUAGACUAUCUUUUUUUUAGUUUCGAAAUCUGACUUUAUAUUAACACUAUAAGCACUAAAAUUCAAGCUAUUCGUACGUACCGCCUACAUGGUAACGACUGUGAUUACUAUAAAUUAUCUCUCAAUAAACUGAUCCGUGUAACACAUAGUCAAACCAUUAAAAUACAUUUUAAACACAUUAG